AUGCCCACUAUACAGCAAUGGGGCCCGGGAAUCUGGGGGGCCAGUGAGACUUCUGCCACUUCCGAGGCACUGACAAGCCUUCGUGCUGACUGUCGAAAAGCUGGCCUCUUUUUUCGUUCCAGUGAUCCAGUUCAGCAUUUGGGCUCCAGUGGUGGCUUUCGUGGGCGUGCUGGUGGUACGGCUCUGAUUUCAGCUUGGCCCAUCAGGCCAUAUCCACAGUCUUUGCCUGAUGCUGUGGCAACUUCGACUCGUUUUUGUGACGGAGUCUGCUCCUUAGGUUUUGGCUUGGACAUCUAUGUGGCAGUCCUUUAUGGUCCGACCAAGCAUCGCUCACAUGAGAAUCCUUGGGCUUUGCUACAAGAGAUCAUGCAGACAGCUGUCCAGCGAGCUGCUGUUUACAGAGGCCCGGCCAUCAUCAUGGGAGAUUUCAAUGUUGACAUCGCUGAGCUCCCUCAUUGGCCUAUGCUUGUACGAAUGGGAUGGCGUGAUUUGGCGGAUCACUCUUGCCAACUCUUAGGGGGUGAGCCUGGUUAUACUUCUUGGAACUCCAAUGGUGCAGCCCGGAAGUCUUUCAUCCUUGGAAAUGAUCAGGCGGCUGCAGCAAUGACCCUUUGUCAAACGUGCAAGCUCCACACUUUUGCUGCGCAUCCUGUGCUGGAAGCGCACUUCGACCUCGAUGUACUGGUGCGUGAUCGUAUUGUGUGGCAUCUGCCAAGGGAUUCCUCAUCUUUGCUCAUUGAUCCGGACACUUUUGACAGUGCUUGUGAGGAUUCUUGCAAGAAGCGUUGUGGCAAAUUUGGACGUGCCAUUGCUGCACAUUCCCCGGCCGAUGCCCUGCAUUGUUUUGCAGUUGCUUUUGAUGAGGCUCUUGCUCAAAGCAGUGUGACUCCGACAGGCGAACCUCGCCCUGUUUCUCGUUCGUACCUUGGGCGAUGUCGUGGCCCGCUCUUUCGCAGAAUUCGAGCGGUGGGACCUGUGGUUGCUCGGGCCAGGGAGGGUGAGUACCAAUGCUCGGUGCUCCAGCCAGACCGUGAUCUGCGUUUGAAGGUCAAGCAAGUUCGCCGCCUUUCCAGUCUUUUGGGUUUGAUGGCUAAUCUGGAGAAACUACAUUCCCGGACUUCAGCUGCCAUUUGUGAGGAGCUUUGGGAUCAACAGGUGUUUCUUCGCUCAAUUGAUGCGCCUUUCCUUCUUUUGGAUGCACCACUGAAGCUGCGUACUCAGGAGCUUGUCAUUACGCAGAAACACUAUACGGUCGAUGUUCAAUCGAUGAUUCAAGAGGCUGGGGAUGCUUGGUCUGCUUUUUGGGGUCGUGAUGAUCCUGAGGAUGACGAGCAGUGGGAUCAAGCCUGCCGCUUUGUCACCCUACUUGCCAAGAGCGAUGAAGUUCCACUGGAUCCUUUGGCCACGAGGCCGAUUACAGUCCUCAGCCGCCUCUACCGUUGCUGGUCCCGUUUCCGCUCCCUGCAGGUACUGGCAUACUUGCGCACUUUGAUGCCUGCAUCCAUUGCGGGUGGAUUGGCCGGUUCGAGUGCAGAUAUGUUGGCAGCUUUUACUCUCUGCACGCUCGAGGAUGCCCGUAUGGCCAAUGUUGAGAGAUGCGGAGCAGUUCUGGAUAUCAUCAAAUGCUAUAAUGCGGUGCCCCGCUGGCCGCUCAUUGCACUGUUGGCUCGCAUUGGGCUUCCUCGUGAAUAUGUGGUUGCCUUUGCGGAGGCACUCCGGCACCUCGUUCGUCAUUUGGAGAUCUUGGGUCAGACCUCACCUGACGGUGUACCCAGCAGUACAGGGAUACCAGAGGGCUGCGCUUUUGCGGUGGCUUGCAUGGCCUCUAUUUCCUUUCUUGCUUCGAGAGUUGUCCAAGCUGAUGAUUCCACUGUUGAGGCGGCUUUUUAUGCUGAUAACUGGGGCGUCAUUGCCGACAGUGUCCCCGAACUGCAUGCUGCACUACAGAAGUUGACCACUAUGUUGGCGGCUUGGCGUAUGGACCUUUCCGUGCCCAAAAGCUGGCUAUGGGGAUCCCAUGGCUCUACAAGGAAAGAUCUUGAGUCCCUGCAGAUUGAUGGUCAACUUUUUCCGGUCCUACGUGCUGGAGCUGACCUUGGUUGUGACAUGGCAUAUACUGGCAAAGUCUCCAAGAAAGUGACGCGCAAGCGCUGGGGCAAAGCUAAGUCAUGCCUUGCUAAACUGCGCAACAAGCGCUAUCUGCCACGCUCCUUCAAGGUGACCAUGGCCCGAUCAGCUGGCCUUGGGAAGGCCCUUUAUGGGGCGGAGCUUGUCCAUACAACGAAUCUACAGUGGAAGGAACUUCGUGGGCCCAUUGGACGCUCUAUGGGGUAUGUUGGCUCUGGUGGAUCCACCUUAUUGGCCCUUGCAGUUUUCGAUCCAGAUCUUGAUCCCCAAUUUGCCAACUUGGUCAGAACAUUGCGCUUUUGGCGCCGGUUCAUGCGCAUUUUCCCAGGUAUGCGUACAAGCUUUCUUGACCACUUGGUGAUUUCUGCUGCCUCCGGCAAAUCUGGACCGGCUCAAGCGCUUCGCAAGACCUUCUUGGCUGUUGGCAUUACACCGCUUGCUGAGGGCUUUUUGGUGCUGGAAUCAGGCCUUCGUGUGGCUUGGUUGCAUGACAGCUGGGGCGCCUUGCACAGUUUCCUGACUGUGGCAUGGAGGCAGCAUGUUUGUAGAGCUCUUGCACAUCGCCGGGAUUUCGACUUGUCAUCCUUUGACCCCGAGCCUUGUUUGGCUAGCCUCAAAGACAUGACUCCCCAGGAGCAGGGAAUCUUGCGCACUGUCGUUGGUGGGAAAAAUAUCACCCAUGAAGUCUUGACUCGUUAUGCAGCCCAAGUCAAAUCUGACCGUUGCCCAUCCUGUUCUUCACGUGAUGGUCGUGAUCACCGGAUUCUUGAAUGUGAUGGUCAUGCUCGUGUUCGCACUGACUGUGCUUUGACACUUCGGUGGCUCCGCCAGCGGCCGAUGGCGACGCUGCACUAUGGCUUGUGCCCUGCAGUUGACGACCUUUGGCUGUGGAAGCAGGAAGCGUGUGGUGAUUUUCCAGCCCUUCAGUUGCCUUCGCCCUCGACGAGUGGUCAGGUGUACACUGACGGAAGCUGUUUCUUCAAUACACAGCGUACGUUUGCUAUUGCUGGCUUUGCAGUUCGACGUGUGGCUGGGAAGAAAAGUUUUCUCGUGGCUAAGGGGCUUGUCCCUGGCAUUGAUCAAACCCCAUAUCGGGGAGAGGCUAUGGCUGUGCUCUGGGCGCUUCAGAACUUUUCCCGCCUUGACCUUUUCGCUGACUGCGAGGCAGUCUUGUUUCGCUUCCGGAAGCUCCUGUCUCGGAGGCUAUCUCUUGAUGCCUAUGUCUAUGAGGGUCAUGAUGACAUUUGGACACGUAUUUGGUGGCACGUUUUGCAGCGCCCUCCGGACUCGAUAGUGACUCAUAAGGUCAAGGCUCACGUCCGAUGGCAGUCGGUUUCGGACCCUGUAUUACGUGAUGAAGCUCGCCUGAAUGGUUUGGUCGAUGCUGAUGCCAAAUCGGCUAUCCAGGACCAUCCCAGUGGGAUUUUUAGACGCUUGGAGAAGGCGUCUCAACAGCAUGCCCACCUUUGUGCUGGUGUUCGGGCUAUUCAUCGUUUUUGGGCCACUAGCUGCAAGCAGUCUUUGGCUGAACAGCCCUCCGAGCGUCAUUUGCAGGGCUGGCAACUUCCUGAUCCUGCCCUUUUGAUUCCUGAUGGUGAGGUGGUGGCUUUGGUCCCCUUCGAUGUCGAUGCUCUGAUGGCUCAAGGGUUCCCUUUCGGUCGCCUUUUCUGUCAGAGGUUGUGUACAUGGUGGAAUAAUUUGACUUGGUGCCAGCACUCCGAGCCUAUUUCCAUUUUAGAACUGUAUGCAGAUUUUUCUUUGCAGACCAGGUCGACUACACCUGUUCGGACGUCAAAGAAGCCUUUACGCUGGGAAUUGCGAGACCAGUCGGUCGCUGCUGAUCUUGCUUCGAAGACUUUGGGAGCUCAGCUCCGUAUUUGGGGCCUUGUGCUGAAGUGGUUGUUUGAGGUUCAACCUGAGGGUUUUCCUUCCGCCUGGAUUCCUCGAUGUUCCUCCAUGCUGAUUUUUGGCUACAAACGCUAUUUCAGUGGCUUCAACUGCAGGCCCAAGCUGGCAUAUUCCAGUCUCGCGGCUCUCUGGCACUACCUUCACCCUCCAGAGGGCAAUCUUCAUCAGUUGACACGUCUUUGGCCACCAGCUUCGAAAGCUGCGCUUGGCGGCGCAUAG